AUGCAUACCCCCUUCAAACUCUGCCUGGCCCUGGGUACCCUUGCUAGCAUCAUCCCAAGCUCACUGGCUACGGACUCUCCGGCCACAAAAGACUCGACCAUCCUUCGUUCGACGGUGAGCUGUCCGAGUUGCCCAGAGCUCAAUUGCUACAAAUGCACCCUCGGAAAUGACAAUACCAUCAAAGCCAGCACGGGUGGGAUGUCCUAUGUCCGUGCACUCGUCGGGUUCAAGCUCUCGGACCCCGUGGCCGAUAUCACUUCCUGCUCCGUCCAGUUCCCGGCCUUUGUCCGACUGCUUGAAUCCCCCGUGACGGUCACGGUGGCGCGGGCGCUGUCUUCUGACUGGGACGAGGGCACGGUCACUGCAGAAAAUGCCCCCGAGGCUGGUGAUGUCUUCACCCAGGUCACGGUGCCUGCCCUCAGCAACUUGCCGGCGCUGGAUGUGACUGAGGCCUGUCAGGCUGCGCAGACGGAUGGGCAAUUUUCCAUCUACCUGGGAACGCAAUUUGACAGCAUUGAAAUCUACUCCAAGAACUCGGGUAACCCGGCUAUUCUCCAUGUCAAGACGGCUUGA